UGACCAGAUUUCCCAGGAGUCUGUGUUGUGUUUCUUUAAUACACAUAACUGACACCAGUGGAGCGGAGGAAAAGCUCACACUAGCACAUAUUUGUUUCGCUGGGAGCUGAGGAUAUGCCAAGGACUUCCUGAAUUCCUGAAUGAACAGGUCCAGCUUAGAGCUUACAGAUCCAUCCAAGUGUUGACUGUAAUUCUGGGAACCCUAAAAUGAAGCAAUAUCCAACCUUCCUGGAAUUUAAAGCAUUAAGAGAAAUCUCACGGCAAAGCCAAGAAGUAUGAGCAUGCAUCCCAUCCGAGCUCCUACAUCUAUCACAUAUUGGAGAAACUGAAGGGGCAUGAAAAGCAAAGGAACAUUUUCCACACAGGCAACAAUCAAAUCUAAGAGAAAAUCUGACCUGUUCUCCAUCAAGGUCUUCUUCCUCUGCAGUCAUGAGGGACCGCAUGGAGGAGUUGCGUCAGCGGAUGAAGGCUAGCGAUAAGCCGGUGGACAACAACCCCUUCGAUGAGGAAGAGGACGAAGACACAGAUCCGUCCUCAGUGAUAGGCCUACAGGCCGUGAUCUUCGAGGCAGAGCCUGUUCUGGAGAUCUUCCUGAAGGAGGCUCAGAGCAUUCGUGACAGCAUUGAGGAGCUGAGCUCUGAAGUCAGUAAGUUCAGCCAGCAGCAGAGAAACUUUGUGGCCACCAUCAGGCGCCUCAGCAUCAUGAAAAAGGAGAGCAGCAUGACGCGAGACAUCAAGUUGCUGGCCGAGAGCCUGCAUAAAAGGUUGGACGCUCUUUCCAAGCAGGCUAAGCAAACCGAGGCCGAGCUAGGCCCGGACGCCGCCACAUCCCGAAUCCAGAAGACCCAGCACGCGGCCCUCUUUCGCCAGUUCCAGCAAGUAAUGCGUCAACACAAUGACGCCAUCCUGAGCAAGCAGGACAAAUGCAAACAGUUCAUCAUCCGGCAGCUGGAGGUAUCGGGUCGCGAGGUGUCCGAAGAUGAGGUGGACAACAUGAUAGAGCAGGGCAAGUGGGAGAUCUUCAAUGAGAACAUUAUAGUGGAUGCAAAGAUCACCCGUACACAGCUCUCAGAGAUCGAACAACGCCACAAAGAGCUCCUGAGCCUGGAAAGCAACAUGAAGGACCUGCGAGAUCUCUUUCUAGAUGUGUUCAUGCUAGUGGAAGAGCAAGGGCACCAGAUCGAGAGCAUACAAGCCAAUGUGGAGAAGACGCAAGACUAUGUAGCGGUCACAAAGGAGAAGUUCAAAACCGCUGCGAGAUACAAGAGGCAGAAUCCUCUCAGAAGACUGUGCUGUUGUUGCUGUCCUUGGUUCAGAUAGCAGGGCAAGGCUAGGAGAUAAACUAUGGGAAUGUUUCUCAUUUACUUUGCUCUCAUGGGCCAAAAACACUAACUGCAGACAUUGACCUCUGUCUGAUGAAGAUAAAAAACAAGGGCACGAAGCACUUUUAGACUUUUAUUGAAACAGAAAGGCUCCAUAGCAUAGAAGACUAAGUUGGGUGUUGACAUGGUAUACAAAUGGUUAUAUAAAGAUUUCACAAAAGGUUAUUAUGUUUUGUUACAUCACAUAAGUUAUAUAAGAGGUAAUCAAAGGUAAACUUAUUUUGUGCUUUAUUAUUGUGGAAAGGCACACUAUUUUGGAAGGUGGCCAUUUAUAUAACUGACUUCUGUUUUUUCCUUUCAGUAUUAUUUGAAAUGUAGCUUGUUGUCUGCUUUAGAUUAAUCAAAUAUCUGAGCUAAAAAAAUCAAACAUUCUGUCUAAAGAUAAGACUAAGCAAGUAAGUCCUAUAUUUUCAAGCAAAAGGCCUACUGCAGGGGUCAGUCAACUCAGUCCUGGAGUUUAGCUCCAACUGGCUGCAACGCAUUUGCGUGGAAGUUCCUAUGCCUAUAAGAAGCUUGAUUAGCUGGUUCAGGUGUGUUUAAUCGGAGUUAAAGCUAAACUCCUAGGGACAGUGGCCCUUCAGGACCGAGUGUGGACACCCUUGGCCUACUGCAAGAUUUCCACAAUCCACAUCUAAAGCUCAAAGUAUACUUCACUUUUUAUGAGAACCAAUGAUGACCAAUGAAAAAUGUCUUUGUACUCUUAAAUUAAGGUUGCAGCUCUCUCAUAACCCCCUCACACAAGCGCUUGUCAAUGCAGGUGUCUGUUGUUGUUUUAGCAUACUGUGCGCUUGAAAUGAAUUUCGUUUUUAGAGUUGUAUUUGCGUACUGUAGCCUACAUACACUAACAAUUCAUAUAUAUAUAUAUAUAUAUAUAUAUAUUUCUGGGCUUUUGUUACUUUAUUAUUCAGAUGGAGAGUUGACAAGAAAAGCAUAAGGAUUGGGAUCGCCAAAUGACCUCAGAGGGGAAUCGAACUCAGGUCGCCAUGAGCACAGUUGCGCUGUAUAUGUGGGCACAUGAACCACAAUGCUAUCGGCACCGACGCACACAUUUUUGUAACCACACUUAAUUUUUACGCGUAGGUCCCAUAUGCGCAUUGACUUGGUUCUGCACUAAUCAGUUGUUUCACAAGGUGGCAACACGGACCGUUGUUUUACAGUAGAAAAUGAUACUAAAGAGACAGAACAACAACAAAGUAGCGGAGACUGAAACAGCAACAGAUGCCAGCAUUGAGAAACGUUUGGAUGAGGGGGUUUGGAUCCUUUUCUGGUUCAUGCUGGUCCUUGACCAGCAACAUGACCAGCAAAAACCAGCAAAGGACCAGCUUAAACCAGCAUCAAAACAUACCUACCAGCAUAUGCUGUUUUUUUCACCAGGGUUAUGAGAGAGCUGCAACUAUAAUUUAAAAGAGUAGAAAGACAUUGUUUAUCGGUCAGAACAUCUGGAGAAAAAUACAGCAGAUACUUGACAUGGUGACAUUUCUGGAGCAUACUGAAUGUGUGAAUGUGUGAAUCAAAUUGAGUAUACUUUGAAAGGCUAUGCGUUUGACUGUACGCAUACACUAGCGUACGUGUACAAAAAUGAAGUAUACUUUGGUCUUACUACACAACACCGUACAUUUUUAUGCAUUUUGGACGUUCAUUUACAAAACAACGGCAUUUUGGGGAAUUGAAAAUGCAAACUUCUGAAAACGGGUUUUAAAGUGCAAGUUUUUUUUUAAGUUACACUCUUUUCUGUGUGAAUUACAAAAAAAAAAAAAAUGUGAAUCUGUAAAAAAAAAAAUAUAUGUAUGCUUAUGGGUGUUAUGUGUUCGGUCUAGGAAUGCGUACAUGUGCAUGUGCGUAGGUGCAUAGUGACAACUCUUCCAUUUUUAGUACAUCACGGUUGUGCAAAUGUACCUGACUGUAGUAAAAAUUAAAAGUUUCACACAUAGCUGCCAGUGCUGCCAGAACCUUUACAUGGAUCCAUGAAAAUGACUAAAAACGCUGUAUUAUGCAUGCCAGGGUAGUAGAUAGCAAUAUAAGAAACGCUUUUGCACACAUACGCAUUCCUACAAAUUCACAUUUUUGUAGUUUACACCGAGAUGAUAAUGGCAUCGUUUUCCAAAACUUGCACUUUGAAACCAGUUUUCAAAACAAAAACUGUGUCGUGUAAAUGCCCCCAAAAAGGUGCAGUCACGUUUACCAUUUUUCGUAGUCAGGUUAGACGCAAUGUUGAAUUUAACGUGGAUGGAAAUGAGGGCUAGCCUUAAAAUCUUUACAAUAACAUGCACUGCAUAAAGAUACUUCACUGUAAAAAAUAAAAAACUCAAUUUGUUGAGUCAGCUUACAAUAAUUUGUUUCCCUGCUGUCGUACAAUUUUAAGUUCAGUCAACUAAAAUAAGUUUAUUCAACUUCAAAUGUUAAGUUGUACUAAUUAACAACUUAGAUGCUUGUGUUUGCUAAACUUAACAGAUGGGUAAGUAACCCAGCUGCCUUAAAAUUUUAAGUUGAUUUAAAUCAAAUAUCUAAGUUGUCACUUAGUAUAAUUUAACAUUUUUGAGUUGACUGAACUUAAAAUUUUAAGGCAACCAGGUUACAAAUUAUUUUAAGUUGACUCAACAAAUUGUUUUUUACAGUGUAGAACACAUAAUUUAGAGUUAAUAGAAGUUUUUUUUCUAUGGAAGUUUAUUACAGCCAAACAAUUGGUAAUCUACUGUGCAAUUAAACAAUAGUAUCCACUGAACGUGCAUACUCUAUUCCUUCAUUCCAGUCAAAAAAUUAAACAUUGCGCUAGUAUCCACCUUAUUUUUCCUGUAAGAGUGGGAGCGCCCUUUUGUAAAUGCAAUGGGUCUGGCUUCCGUUGUCAUUUGCUUCCAGCUAUUUUAGCUGAACAAAACAGCUUGUUUUGCUGCUUUUUAAACGGGUAUGUCUUACUUUAUUAUUUUAAUGUAUUAUCUUAAUUAUAAGCACACUGGUUUGUAGUGCAAACAGUUUCAGCCUUUACGCCACUUGGUAAUUCUUCUGGUUAUUUCCCUACAGUGACUAAUGAACCGGAAGUCUCGUACAUUCACAGAAAAUGACUUACUUCUUCAUUGAAUAAUAAGGUGGAUACAGAUGAGCAAACACUCUAAAAAAUGCAUCUUCAAGAUGAAAACACACAGCAAAUAGACAUCUCCAAUAUGUGUGUGCUAUCAGAGAUGUAUCACUACACUAAUGAACAAUUUCGCUAAUGUGACCGCACCUUAAUUCAGAUUAGGUAGUCAGUCCCACAUGAAUGAUAUUUUUAGCUAGUUAUUUUAAAACAAGAAUACAGUAUGAGUAACCAUUAUAAAAUCUGUCAAAUGUAAUCUACCACAGGCAGUCUAACAUUUGCUCAUAGUUGAUAAUCUGUAACUAUGGAGCUAAUUAGAAUGAAACUGGUUGUUCUUGUGAUGAGGUGAAUAUUGAAGAUGAGUCAACAGAGCAGGUAUCAGGUGUUAACACAGUUUCUAGGAUCUGGGUGUGUCUGUGUAUUUUCAGAGGAAAACGUGUUGCCCAGAAAUUGAAGGGGAAGAAUAUUAUUACUAAAUGCAAUAUAGGCAAAGCAAUGUCAUUGUGUUAUCAUAUAAUUGAGAGAAAUUUUUAUUUGACCACUGAAUUUGCAUGACUCUUGCUAAACUUUUUUUUUUUUAACUAAUUCUGUAGAAUUUCAAUUCAAUUUGUAUUUAAUGUACAGAGCAAUUUCUGGCUAAUGAAAUAUUACAGAAUUAAACAUAACUAGAAAUAUUUAUUGUGACUACAGAAUUCAGCUGUUGUUGAUUUUUUAAAGAUAGAACAGCCUACGGUGUUUCCAUGACAUUUCAAGGCCCUUCCCAAUCCCAAUGAUCUAUUUUUUCAAAAUAAGCAAAAUAUACACAUGCCAGUGUUCCAAAAAUA